AUGGAUUUUGCGUUCUUUGACGGGUCGAAUCACCCGGUUAGAGAUGGGAAUCGAGUUUAUACGAACGUGUUUGAUGCGAAUUACGACACGUUGGUUGCUUCGUUGACGAAAGCGGGUUACCCGGAUAUGAAAAUAGUCGUGGGCGAGAUCGGGUGGCCUACGGACGGGGAUGUAAACGCGAAUGUGAAAAACGCGAAGCGGUUUAACCAGGGUGUGGUUAAACACGUGUUGGGGUCCAAAGGGACCCCAGCCCGACCGGGCCGGUUGGAGAUUUACCUUUUUAGUCUUUUAGACGAGAAUAAAAAAAGUAUAGCUCCAGGGUCAUUCGAGACACAUUGGGGUAUAUUCGAGUAUGAUGGUAAACCGAAAUACGAACUCGAUUUGACCGGGUUGAAGAGGGACAAAGGGAUGGCACCCGUCGUCGGGGUGCAAUACAUGAAACGACGGUGGUGUGUGUUGAACCCGCGUGUUAAAGAUCUAGACGGGUUGGCAAAGGAGAUAGAUUACGCGUGUAGCUUAUCGGAUUGCACCUCGUUAGGGUAUGGGUCGUCGUGGCAGAGUGAUUGGGAUUGCGAGUUUAACGGGUUGGCGGCUGUGACGUGGGAGGAUCCGUCGGUCGGGGAGUGUCGGUUUCCGGUGAUGAUCGCUUAUGGUACUUCCGUGGUGGUUCACAGGAAAAUUUUGAAGGUGUUGUUGGGUUUGCUUGAAGGGUUGUAG